AUGAAACUCGCCCAACACGAAGCGGCGGCGCCACGGCAGAGGCUGUCGCUGAGCGCGUCCAAGAAGCGGGCGCUGGAGGCGGCCUUUGACGCCGAGAGCACGCCCGGCCUCGAGGAGAGGAAGCGGAUUGCCGCCGCCGUGGACAUCACACCGCGGCAAGUGCAGGUCUGGUUCCAGAACCGGAGGCAGCGCACCCGUGGAGGCACGUCGCGCCAGCCGUCGCCGCGGACGAGCAAGCCCGCCCCGCCGAGAACCACAGCGGUCCCGACGAGGUCCGCAGCGGUCUCCAAGGCAGCUCCGCCAGCCGAGGCGCCGACAUCGGCUCCGCAGGUUCCCGCCGUCUCAUCGGCGCGGCCGUCGCCAGCCACCGUCGAGUCCGCUGCAGUUCCCGCGAGGCCCUCGCGGCCCCCCGCCUCCUCCUCCAAGGGGCCGUCUCCCCCCGUCGUCGAGGCGCUCAUGGGCUUCCUCUGCCACCAGCUCGAGCUGCAGGCGAUGGACUUGUGGUUCUGCGGCUCCGGCCACAUGGAGCUGCGGCAGGUGUAUGCACCGGAAGGGGCCUCGGUGCUCAGCCAACUGCUGUGGUGCCGCGCCGUCCUCUCAACACAGCUCCUCGACGCCGUCUCUGCGCAGGGCCGCGCCGUCUGGUUCGGAGCGAGCCCGGAGCAGGCCUCGCUGCUCUCGCGCGCCGGCGGCGGCAAGGCCGUGAUCGGCGUGCCUUGCCCCGAGUCGCCCGCCGCCUGUGCGGCCGUCGGCCCACCGACGAGGCCUUCCAGCGGCGGCGUCGCGGGCGUGCUCCUGCUCUACUGCUCGCACGCACUCGACCGCACGCCGCAGCUCGCCCACCUGCUCAGCGCCUUUGGCUCGGCCGUCGCCGCCGCCACCGCAGCGGCGCCUGCGGGCGUGGUGCCGCGCCGCGGCUACUCGCUGCACCCUGUGGAGGCCGAGGCGUCCGGCCCGGGCUGGCUGCUCCUCGCCGCUGCCCUCGCGGCCGAUGCCGAGGCUCCCCACGAGUGA